AUGAGCUCCAAAGACCCCAAAGGCGAAAGCGACCCGGUCUAUGGUCAAUCACGGCCACCGCCUGAGCCAGCCAACGGUCCGUCCAAAGAGACGGCGCAGGGCGGCCCAGACAGCCACAAUGACCCGGUCUACUCGCAGCAUACCGCCACCGACUCCAACACCAAAGGCGUAAGCGAUCCGGUCUACGGUCAACCACAGCCAACUCCAGAGCCAUCUAGGCAACCGCCCAAGAACACAACCCAAGGCGGACCAGACAGCCAGAAUGACCCGGUUUAUUCGCAGAACGCAUCCACUGAUUCCCACGCCAAGGCAACCUCGCGCCUGUCCCAGCUCUCCUCCCAAAUCGACCCAAGCCAAUCCGAACCUCCCUCAUCCAACAGCAAGAAAGCCCGGCGCAAACGCACUCCAGCCGACCCAGCCGCCACGCUCCCAGCCGACUACUCGGACAUUCUUGGACAUGCCGCGACCAUGCACCGCAUCUCCUGGACGCCCGACACCGCCUCACGCGGCUACCAGCGCCAACUCACUUCAGGGAAGCAAUGGGCGCGGGCCCGCAUCAAGCAGCUCCUGGAUCCCGACACGUGGCGCGAGCUGGGCGCUUUGACGGGCAGCGCGAAAUGGCGGCGUGAUCCGGAGCACCCGCAGCGGGAGCACAUCGACUCGUUCGUGCCGACCAACAACCCGCAGGGGUUUGGCGAGGUGACGUGCCCCGUGACGGGGAUCCGCAAGACGAUUUACCUUACCGCCGAUGACUUCAGUAUCCGUGGUGGGCAUGCUGAUGGUGGUAAUACACUGAAGACGAUGCAGGGGGAGAAGUUGGCACUGCGGCUUAAGACGCCUGUCGUGAAGCUGUGUGAUGGGUCGAGUGGUGGAGGGAGCGUGACGACGAUUGCGCAGCUUGGGUAUAGUUAUUUGCCAGAUAAUAAGAUUUUGUGGCCGGCUGCGAAGCAGAUGAAUGAUGGCAUCCCGAAUAUUGGGUGUGUGGUGGGCCCAGCCAUCGGACUCGGGGCUGCACGUGUUGUGUGCUCGCACUGGAGCGUCAUGGCGGCGGAUGUGGGGAGUCUGUUCAACGCGGGGCCCAAGGUUGUUGAGGGCGCGACGUUUGAGGAAGAUCUCAGCUUCCAGGAGUUGGGUGGACCGGACGUGCAUUGUCGGAAUGGGACGAUCGAUAACCUGGCGAAGGACGAGGCGGAUGUCUUUCGCCAGGUGCGGACCGUACUGGGCUUCCUGCCCGACUGUGGAAACCUCGAGGCACCACCGUGCGUGGCGCCCGAAGACGAUGUCGAGAGGGAAGAUGUGGGGCUCAGGGAGGUGGUGCCGCGGCGGAAGGGUAGGGGCUAUAAUCCUUGGAGGAUCAUUGAGAGCGUGGUGGACCGAGGCAGCUGGUUUGAGAUUGGAGCGUUGUGGGGGAGGACGGCAAUCGUUGGGCUGGCGAGGAUGGCAGGCAAGCCGGUGGGCAUCAUCAGCUUGAAUUGUGAGGUCAACUCGGGGGCGCUGGACCACAGUGGGAGUCAGAAGAUGAUGAAGCAUCUAAAGUUCUGUGAUGUCUUCAACCUGCCGAUUCUGCAGUUUGUGGACUGCCCUGGAUAUGCGAUCGGCACGACGGCUGAGCGCGCGGCAACCAUGAAAUGGGGCGUGGAACUUGCAAAGGCUUAUUACAGCACCACGACGCCCAUCUUCAGCGUCGUCACGCGGCGCAGUUACGGUGUUGCUGGUGGCGUCAUGACCGAUUCGCGCGACCCCAUCUUUCGCGUUGCGUGGCCGAGCGCCAAUUGGGGUUCUCUGCCUCUUGAUGGUGGCAUCGAAGUAGGUCACCGGUUUGAGCUGAAGCAGAUCCGAGAGAAGGAAGGAGAAGAAGGAUACAAGAGGCGAUACCAGGAACUGGAGGAUGAGUAUGUGCGCCUGAUGAACCCUGUGAGGGCCAUCAACGCGUUCAACGUGGAGGAAAUCAUUGAUCCCAAGGACACGCGCAAGAUUGUUUGUCGAUGGGUAGUGGACAUGUAUGGAAAGGUGAUGCAGGAGAGACUGAGGGAUCGGGCAACGCGCAAAAUCGUGCCGGUAUUCUCCUGA